GAGAGACGUUCAGUUGAUUUUCUGCGCUUAAAGCGAAUGCACGCGACCCGUAGUAGCAAUAUCGCAGCCUCCGUUUUAAACAAAACUAACUGGUUUUGAACAAAGCUAAACCAAAAAAGAAAGCGAAAUCCAAGUCACCCCAAUUAAUUUCAGAGAAAUGUCAAGAAUUCAAACUGUACUCGGUAGUAUCUCGCCUAAUUUACUCGGCCGUACAUUAACCCAUGAGCAUGUGGCCUUGGACUUUGAACAUUUUUAUAAAGCGCCGCCGUCAGAUUUCGAGUGCGAAUUGCAGCAGAAGAUCAGCAUGGCCACUUUGGGCUAUGUGCGUCUUUAUCCAUAUUCGAGUAGAGAAAACAUUCGUUUUUAUGACGAAGAUGCGAUGGAGGCAGCUAGAAAGGAUGUUCUGCUUUAUAAAAGGCAUGGUGGUGGCGCCAUUGUCGAGAACAGCAGCUAUGGACUAAAACGAAACUUGGAGUUCAUAGUCGAUUUGGCGAAAACGACCGGUGUGCAUUUUAUUGCAGGUACGGGUCACUAUAUCCACGCAACUCAGGACGGCAUGCAUUCAAAUCUCACCGUCGAACAGAUGACUGACCUGUAUACAAAAGACCUUCUCACUGGCAUCGAUGUGAAUGGUCGCAUGGUGAAAUGUGGAUUUAUUGGCGAGGUGGCCAGCGUUUAUCCUGUUAAAGAGUUCGAAAGACAUGCCCUUCUUGCCGCUGGCGAAAUUCAAGAGGUUCUAGGCUGCGGAGUUUCUCUGCAUCCGCAUCGCGUGUCGAAGGCGCCUUUUGAAAUCAUGCGUCUCUAUCUAGAGGCGGGAGGGCGAGCUAAUAAAUGUGUUAUGUCACAUUUAGAUCGUACUAUUUUCGAUAUGGAUGAGUUGUUGGAGUUUGCCAAACUCGGGUGCUAUUUGCAAUAUGAUCUCUUUGGUACGGAAUGCUCAUACUAUCAACUUAAUUCCACCGUGGACAUGAUAUCCGAUGGUCAGCGCAUCGAGAAUAUCAUUAAACUGAUUGAUGAGGGACUCGUGGACAGGCUGCUCAUGUCUCACGAUAUACACACCAAGCAUCGUUUGACAUCUUUUGGUGGUCAUGGAUACCAUCACAUUCACGUGAACAUUCUGCCCCGAAUGUUCCAGCGCGGCGUAACCCUGGAACAGGUUGAACAAAUGACUGUCACCAAUCCGGCGAACUGGCUGCUUUUCAAUCCAUAGGGGCGAGUCUAAGCAUGAACUUCACGCCAUGCUUAUAAGUUGAGUACUCGUAUCUUGAUAAUUAUGAUCGUUUUUGUUUACAUCUUUGUUUAGUACGUUGAUAUGCUCUUGUGGCGAUUAGAUUAGCAAUCUCUUUUUUCACAUUCCCAUUCUUCUUUUUCUUUGUUGCACUGAAUAAAAACUCGCCAAAAAUAAAAUUAAUAGGUG